AUGGUUGAUGGCAAAGCCAAACUAAUAGAAAAUAUUUUUCCAAAUUUAAAGCAUAAUCAUGAAGAUCAUGAGUGGCUACAAGAACGAGCAAUUUUAGCAGCAACGAAUUUAGAUGUAGACGAAAUAAAUUUAAAAAUACUACAGAUACUGCCAGGAUAUGAAUUCACAUUUAAAUCAGUUGAUAUUGUUAUUGAUCCUGAUGAAAUCGUCAAUUAUCCAGUCGAAUUUUUAAAUUCUCUUAAUUUACCAGGAAUGCCGCUGCACAAAUUACUAUUGAAAGUUGGUUCUCCAAUUAUAUUAUUAAGUAAUUUAAAUGCCCCAAAAUUAUGCAAUGGCACAAGAUUAGCAAUAAAAAUUAUGGGAAACAUUACAGAGGCAAUUAUACUGGGUGGAAAAUUCAAGGAUGAUGUUGUUCUUUUGCCUAGAAUACCACUAAUUCCUUCGGAAUCAGUAAUACUUUUUAAAAGACUGCAGUUUCUUAUACGUUUGGCAUAUGCUAUGACCAUAAACAAGUCACAAGAACAGACAAUGAACUUUUGCGGUAUAAAUUUAGUAAAUCCGUGCUUCAAUCACGGACAGCUAUAUAUUGCUUGCUCAAGAGACAGAAACCGAAAUAAUUCAUAUAUUUAUACACCUAAUAAUCUCACCAAGAAUAUUGUAUAUCCUUUGGCAUUACAUUAA